CUUUGAACAGAUAUGACUCAAUCGAACAAUUCUUUCACGAAUCGAAUUUCGUGACGCUUGUUUCAGUACGGACAUAGACCUGCGAACACAAUACAGCAGGAUUCAAUUCACUAACAUCGUAGAUAUAUAUAUAUAUAUAUAUAUAAUUAAUUAUGAGUUCAUCGUCGACUGCAGUGCUGCUGGAAACGAUCAACUUCGCAGCAGAGAAACAUCGUAAUCAGCGCCGUAAGGAUCCUGAUGCCACACCAUAUAUCAAUCACCCCAUAGGGGUGGCAAGGAUUUUAAGUCAUGAGGGUGGAAUCACAGAUACAGAAGUUUUACAAGCAGCAUUGCUUCAUGACACAGUAGAGGACACUGACACAACUAUUGAUGAGCUGGAGUCUGUGUUUGGACCAACAGUGGCCAGAAUCGUCCAGGAGGUGACAGAUGACAAGUCGCUGCCGAAAGAGGAAAGAAAACGCCUGCAAGUGGAGCAUGCGCCACAUUGCAGCCAUCAGGCCAAGCUUGUUAAACUAGCUGACAAGUUGUAUAAUUUACGGGACCUCAAUCGUUGCACUCCCACAGGUUGGACGGCAGAAAGGGUUCAAGAAUACUUUGUGUGGGCAUCUCGGGUGACAAAAGGGCUUCGUGGCACCAAUGCAGCACUCGAGGAGAAACUGCAGCAGCUGUUUUUGGAGAGAGGAGUGGAGUUCUGAUGUCACUGGUUAAAAUGAUGGGGCUUUUUUUUAUUUAACUGCUCAUCAUGGAAUUUUCUUGAACCUAAAGGGACAGUUCAGCCAAAAAUUACUAUUCUGUCAUCAUUUACCUGCCCUGAUGUUGCUCCAAACCUGUAUGACGUUCUUCUGUGGAACACAAAAGGAGAUGUUAGGAAGAAUGGCAUUUCCUUUUGUGUUCUGCUUAAUAAAUUCAUACAGAUUUAGAAUAACAUCAGGGUAGGUAAAGGAUGACUGAAUUUGAAUGUUUAAGGUAACUAUCCCUUUAAUAUAAAGAUAGUUAGAGAUUUUUUUUUUUUUUCAAUUAGAUAAUUUUAUUUAAUAAUGUGUAUAAUACAUGCACAAAUGUGAAAUUCCAUUAAAGUUUUGUUAAAUUUAA